GCGGCGGGUCGUCGGAAGGGAUAACGCAUCCAAAAAUUGCUUGGAAAGAGGCCGUAAAAUCCUUUUCAUCUUUUCCUUCCCCAUAUCUGGAACUCGAUCGGCAUCAUAAAACACAGAACUGCGUUGUAGCUGUGCAGCUCGGGAAGCGACGUCGACUUCACAUCCGCAGGCUAGCAAAAUUAUCUUGUGUGAACUUAAUUGACCGGAAGAUGAGGCACCCAAAUGCCAAUAAUGCUUGGCUAUGUCAGUUGAUUGAGGAUAUUAUGUCCAUAUUUCGGAGGAGACUAUUCUGCUUAUGCAUAGGUAUCUGAGGGCUCGCACAGUCCGUUCGAGGCGUCAAAUCCUCGAUACGGCUAAACGGUACAAUGUGAUUUGUAGGGUACCUAGACAACUACAUAGAAUUGACCGUCUAUUUCAUUUGAGUGAUGCAAACUGUGUUGAGAAUAUACGAAUGGAUCGUAACACAUUCGCACGUCUGUGUUAUCUUCUCACUGAGCGUGGUGGGCUGCACGCCGGCAAGGUCGUUGGGGUGGAGGAACAAGUUGCCAUGUUUCUUGGAGUUCUUGCACACCACAAAAAGAAUAGGGUCGUUAAGUUUGAGUUUUGGAGGUCGGGGGCCACUGUUUCAUACUAUGUAAACAAGGUCUUAUGUGCUGUUUUGUCAUUUCCUUGCAAAACCUACACCAGUCAGCGACGAUUGUGCUGAUAAUCGAUGGAAGUGGUUCAAGGCUGUCUAGGUGCUUUGGACGGCACACAUAUACCCGUGUUAGAUGGGAGGGGUCAGCUGGAGACUCUCGUGUGUUGAGGGAUGAGGUGUCAAGGCAAAAUGGACUAAAAGUCCCAAAAGGAUGCUAUUACUUGUGCGAUAACGGUUAUGCCAACAGCAAUGGGUUCCUAACACCUUUUAGGGGUGUUAGGUAUCACCUCAAGGAAUGGGGUCCGGGUACUGAGGCGCCGCAGAAUUCAAUUGAACUUUUUAAUAUGCGUCAUAUCAAGGCGCGUAAUGUUAUAGAGCGUGCUUUUGCCGUGUUAAAGAUGUGUUGGGGGAUCCUUCGUAGUCCGUCCUUUUAUCCAAUUAAAACUCAGAUCCGGCUAAUAAUGGCUUGCUUCUUGUUGCAUAACUUCAUCCGCCGUGAGAUGCCCAUAGAUCCGAUAGAAGCCGAGCUAGAUGGUGCCCAGUACAACCCAAUACAUGAAGAUAAGGUCAUUGGUACACAGAUUGUUGAGUCCAUUGAGCCAACCACCAACUGGACCCAAUUACGAGAGAACAUUGCAACAGAAAUGUGGAUGAAUAGAUGAUUUGGAAUAUGUUAUUGACUUUAUGUUCUAUCAUUAUCACUUCAAAC